AUGCGUUGUUGUGCACAUAUUCUUAAUCUUGUUGUGAGUGAUGGGUUGAAAGAAAUGGACGAUUCUAUUAUCAACAUUAGACUUGCAGUGAGAUAUGUGAGGUCUACUCCUCAUAGGCAUGAUGUUUUUAAGAAGUGUGCAGCCACACUCAAACUUGAUUCAAAAGCUCUUAUAUGCCUAGAUGUACCAACUAGGUGGAACUCUAUCUAUUUGAUGUUAGAGGCCGCCGAAAAGUAUGAGAAGGCUUUUAACCGAUUGAAGUUUAUGGAUUCCAACUUUGAAGCUUAUUUCAAGGAUGUUGAUGGUGGCAUAAGUAGAAGUCCGAAAGAGUUUGAUUGGAAAAAAUGUAGAAUUUUUUUGAGGUUUCUAAAAUUAUUUUAUAUUGCAACUAAGAAAUUUUCGGGGUCUCUCUUUGUUACUUCCAAUGGUUUUUACAAAGAAAUAUUUGUUAUUGAAAGCAAAAUUCACCAAUUAAUUUUGGAGGAGGAUGAUACUUUGAGCACAAUGACAAAGACUAUGAAACAAAAGUUUAGCAAGUAUUGGGGGGAUGGAAAUAAUAAGAAGGUGGAAGACAUGGUGGACAAAGUUAAAAGUUGUUUAAGUCAUUUGUAUAGCCAUUAUGUCACACUUUAUCCUUUGAAUGAGAAACUUUCAAGUGUGAGUGAAGUUGUGAAUAUGGUAGAAGAUGAUGAUGAUGAUAAUAAUGAUAAUGAUCCUUAUUCUUUGGUUGACUUCCAAUUUAAUUCCUAUUUGGAGGGGCAAUGCACUAGUGAAUCUAAGUCGGAAUUGGAACAAUAUUUAUCCAGGGUUGAACAUUUUGCAAAGAAUCAAACAUUUGAGAUUUUGGAUUAUUGGAAGUACAGGAGGCAUAUUCUUGACCCAUUACAUAGUUCACUCUCGCCUUCUAUGGUUGAAGCUCUUAUAUGUACUCAAAAUUGGCUUCGAAGCAAUCUUCCAAUUUCUCUUCGAAAGACGAUGGAUGAUGUGAAGGAAUUUGAGCAAAAUGACAUAGGUACUUUGGAGUCAAACUUAUCUUCAAGUUCAACCUAUAAUGUUGAUGCUAUAAUUGAACUCUAA